AUGUCUCUUCCCUACGACGCCACCCCUCCCCCCCAGUCACCUCCCCCGGCACCUCAGGAUGAUCCCAUGGACGGCCCCGCCGGCCUUGACCUAGCACUCGACGACUAUGCGCCUCCUGUCCCCUCCCACGUCCAAGAUCUCAUGGCCCGCAUGUCAAGAAACAAGGUCUACUUGGUCGAAGAGUCGCCGGCGAUACUGCAUGUGGAUGCAAUGAAGGAAAGAGUGAGGAGGGAUCCGAAAGUCAAGGGAUUGAUGCAGUUGCUCGAGGAACAAGAUCCGUCAGUGUGGCUGGAAACGUACAACACGGAAGAUGUCCAAAUCAAAGACAAUGCUCUUUUCCUGCAAUCAGAGCUCAUCCAGCACCUCUCCACGUCCAAACUCUUCUCUUGGGCUUCAUCCCUCGGCGCAACUCCCCUAGGCAAGUUUCUCCCUUCGUCCUUCUCUCUGUGGCUGAAUGACACUUCCCUCCACGUCCUCUUCGAAACCUCCGCCGAAGCGCUCCUUGCUCUCUCAUUGCUUUCCAAAACAGGGUUCGACCCCGUAGAAGGGGAUGACCCUCUAAUGGAACGAUCCGCCCACUCCUUCCCUAUCCACCUCCUACCCCAAGCCCUUCAAGAGCCGAUCGAGAAACGCACUAUCCCCGCCGAAUCCUCAUCCGAGGACGCUGCUGUCAACCGCAGAGGCCGAGGUAUGUUCGCCGGCGACGGCGAGCGAGCUAUGGCCUCUGAACUAUCAUACGAGCUCGCCCCAGGCGUCAACCCCCUUGCGCGUAUAGCCAUCCGCAUCGCCUUCCAGCAAGACGCCAACCUAAAAGGCCGUAGAGAUAAUUCCAAGUGGUAUGCCACCUACGGCCGCGAUGCCGGAAAGGAAAGUUUGGCUCAGCCGAGGAGGGUUGGGAAAGGCCGGUCGGAGACGAGGUGGGAGUCGGCGCCUGAUGCUUAUGAAAGCGGGGGGCAUGAUUUGCUGCAGAGAGUGGGCAGGGAGCGCAAGCCGUAUGAUCGACCGGAGCCGAGAGGGGAUAGAAGGGGUAGGGGCAGGCCGACGCAGGAUGACCUGGAUAGGCAGCUUGAUAACCUGCGUUCUGGUGGAGGUGGAAGUAUGGAUGUUGAUGGAGGUGGGGCUUCGGUGAAUGGGCAAGAGGAUGAGGGGAUUGUGAGGAAGGGGCGAGGGUUCAGAAGCGGAGGAGGUGGAGGAAGGGGUGGAGGACGAAGGGAGAGACCGAGGCCUGGAAAAGAGGACCUUGAUAAGGGUGAGUAG